AAAAUGAUUUUAAAUUAUUGUCAUAUGCAUUUAUCUUCACCCUGAUGAGAGCUCAGACGUGAUAAGGCCGUGGCUCCCCAUCCUGGUCGGAGCUGGGGUGAUAGUUUCCUCCUGCCCUCUUCAUCGACAGAGCCACAGAACUUCCCACCCAGAAUCUUGAGGUAAAUGAGAUCAUGAUUCUGGAAGGAAGUGGUGUAAUGAAUCUCAACCCAGCCAACAACCUCCUUCACCAGCAGCCAGCCUGGACGGACAGCUACCCCACAUGCAAUGUUUCCGGUGGUUUUUUUGGAGGCCAGUGGCAUGAAAUCCACCCUCAGUACUGGACCAAAUACCAGGUGUGGGAAUGGCUGCAGCACCUCCUGGACACCAACCAGCUGGAUGCCAGCUGCAUCCCUUUCCAGGAGUUCGACGUCAGCGGAGAGCACCUGUGCAGCAUGAGCCUGCAGGAGUUCACGAGGGCGGCAGGCUCUGCCGGGCAGCUGCUCUACAGCAACCUGCAGCAUCUCAAAUGGAAUGGCCAGUGCAGCAGUGACCUUUUCCAGUCCACACACAAUGUCAUUGUCAAGACUGAACAAACUGAUCCUUCCAUCAUGAACACUUGGAAAGAAGAAAACUAUCUCUACGAUCCCAGCUAUGGUAGCACAGUAGACCUGUUGGACAGUAAAACUUUCUGCCGGGCCCAGAUCUCCAUGACAACCUCCAGUCACCUUCCAGUUGAGUCACCUGACAUGAAAAAAGAACAAGAGCAUCCUGUGAAGUCCCACACCAAAAAGCACAACCCAAGAGGAACUCACUUAUGGGAGUUCAUCCGAGACAUUCUCCUGAGCCCAGACAAGAACCCAGGGCUGAUCAAAUGGGAAGACCGUUCAGAAGGCAUCUUCAGGUUCCUCAAGUCAGAGGCUGUGGCUCAGCUGUGGGGGAAAAAGAAAAACAACAGCAGUAUGACCUAUGAGAAGCUCAGUCGGGCCAUGAGAUACUACUACAAACGAGAAAUCCUAGAGCGUGUGGAUGGGCGACGGCUGGUCUAUAAGUUUGGGAAGAAUGCUCGUGGAUGGAGAGAAAAUGAGAACUGAGGCUGCUAACCCUUGGGACACAAACCAAAACACACAGAGAAUGGAUUAUGAUCAAUGAAGAACUGGACGUAAAUAUUUCAAAGACUUCUUUUCUGUGAUAUUUAUGUACCAUGAAGGGACAAAAAAAAUCUACUUCUGAAGGGAAGAAGGAACACUACAGUUGAUAAAAUAUUAUUUUGUUACUUUGAAGUAUGUCCUAUGUGGGGAACAAAUGUACACAGUUUUCUGUGAACUAUGAAGCUGGACAUGGUAUGAUUUGCUGUUGCCUCUGUUGUGAUGUUCUUUCCUACCCUGAGAACAGCAGGGCCUGUAGCCUUGUGCUUCUUGCCUAGAGGAAGGGAUAAGAAUUGAGGGCAUUAAAUGUUUUCAAAUGUAAAAUGAUUUAGAAAAAAAAGGUGAUGUGUUCUCUGUGCAUAAGCAUCUAUAUGACCCCCUUAAGAGAACUGGGGUUGGUUGGUAGGACAGAGUUCAGGGUCUUAGAUUUAAGGGAUCAACCCAAAGGAUGCUGGGAAGUUUAACUUGACCUAGGCGAUUGUGAGUAGAGAAUGGAAACUUUGACAAUCCAGACUGGCCUGUAAUCACUGCAUUAUCACAUGACUGAGAAUGUUUAAAUAAAUUAGAAUGAUGGUGGAAGAGGUUCACCCUCAUUCAUGGAUGAUUUUCCUGUACCCCCUUUACACUUGGAUGGUCUGUUAAAAAACUCAUUUGCCACAUGUGGUCAUUUCAUCCCUAAUAUUGAAAAAUAAGUGAGAAAAGGAGGUGGUGGUAUGGGAAUGAGCAUGCUCUUCUAUCUCUGUCUUUCAAGGUUUCUCCAUGGGGACAGUUGACAUUUGGGACUGGGUCUUUGUGGUGAGGAUUGCCAUGCACAUUGUGAAAUGUGUAGCAACAGCCAUGGCCUCCAACAGCAUUUUGUAGCUGAGAAAAUCCAGAAGUAUAACCAGAAAUUGUCAAAUGUCUCUGGAAGGACAAGAGUACCCUUGAGUGAGAACCACUGAUUAAACCAGUCAAUAUAAAGACAGUCCUCCUGUCACAGAGCAAAGAGGUUUGUAGAAUCUUCUAGUCCCUAGAGUAAAUAAAAGGCAAGGCAUUCAAGUCAAUAUAUUUUUUUAAAUAUUAGGGAUAGCAGGAUGAGAUAGAUGGAGGAGAUUCUUUUCAGAGUUCUGCUUGAGGGGCAAAGUCAGAUAAAUGCGGUGAGAAGUACAAAAGAUUUUGCACUGGGAAUGUAGAUAAGCAGAAGGAAAUGCUGAAGGAAGAAUCUGUGGAUGUUCCUCUAUGUGCUCUGUCUCUGUCUCUGUCUCUGUCUCUGUCUCUGUCUCUGUCUCUCUCUCUCUCUCUCUCUCUCUCUGUGUGUGUGUGUGUGUAUGAGAGAGAGAGAGAGAAAGAGAGACAAGAAGUUACUCGAGGCAUCUUCCAGUUUUCUCUCUCCUGUUCCUUCCCUGGCUUUCCCUGGCUUUGUCUAGGAUGGUCAGGCCUUUCUCUAGGUCCACCCUUCCUCAAGACUGUGUUUCUCUUAUGCCUGUAACUGGCUUUGGCUUUUGCUACAGCUACUUCAUCAUAGAGCUCUCUUUGUCAGAAAGUAGAUGAAUCUGGAGAGGACUGGUGGGAACAGUUCUUCAGAUAAAUAGAUUGUGCUGUUUGCUGAGAGUGGCAGUUUCUUGGCACCCAGUCCCAUUUAAAUAGGCUGGAGUACUAAGUUCUCUGCAUAUCUAUUGUCUUGGCUUGGAUUUGCUGUGUUUUCUAUGCGCUAUUCAUGACUUGAAAAACUCCAGGUAAUGAAGCUAUGCCAGUUUGGGGUGUAGCAAUGUGCUUUCCACCACAGUCUGACAGAAAUGAGAGCAUCCUACAGAGAAGCCCCUCUUUUUUAGGGAGUAGUCACUCAGUUGAUAAGUGAUUGGUUGGCCACAGGAUCACUAAGUCUCCUUGAAUAUUCCUGAGUGUUGUAUUAGUGGUUUCCAUGGGAACCUAAGUCAAGUAAUAAACCAUUAAUUUUUCACAAGACUCAGAUCAUCUAAGGCUGCUAUAUGACUUGAUGAAAUCAAGCAAGACCCUGGAUCCCAGGGAUAGGUCCACAGCUUCUUCAGUCUGUUGCCUGAGCAAGGCAGACCCAGCCCAUGGGUUGUCAUCUACUGAGCCUUUUUUCAAGCGCCCAUCUGAUUAGACUGUAAGCUCUCUGAGGGCAGGGAUCAUGUCUGAUCACUUUCGGUAUCCUCAUAACGGGAUGCAACAGGAUGACUAUUCAUUGAAUGAAUGAUGACCAUCUUCUGGGAGAAUCCUCUGACUGGAAAGCCAUCUGUCAUACUCAUAACCGGCAUGUGAAUCAUUUCUCCAGGAAAAGAAGACAAUAACCAAACCUUCCAGGACAUAUCCUCUCUGACGAGCAUUUUACUGUGACACUCUCUUUUGCCUCCUACCUAUGCUGAAAAGAAAUUCAAACAGGCUGCUUGGUUCCACACAUCAGUGUCUGCUGAACGAGAAUUCUGUUGCUUUCUAGAGCUGUGAGACUUAACCUGGUUACACGAUGCCAGUAAUGAAUCCUUGACCUAUUUAAUCAAUGAAGAUUAUAAAUGUGUUUAUAUAAUGUCAAUUGCUAUUUAAGCAUAAAACUAUUUUCAGUUUUAGUAUUUAGGGGUUGGUUUUUAUUUUUUAUUUUUUUCUGUUUGAAAAAAAGUGCUGAGGGGUAUUUUGAUAAGGUUAGUCAUGCAUAUUAGAUUCUAAUUUUGAAAGUGUGUCUUUUUUAAUGCAUAAGAUAUCAGAAAAGGGAAAACAGUAAGAGGGAGAAGCAAUUACAUUAUUUUUUCUGUAGUUUAAAUAAAGCACCUACUGGGUGCCCCAUGCCUAGUGGAGCACUGUACAUGUGAGGAGUGUGUGUGAAAAUAUGGGCUGUGGGCUCAGGCAUUAAAGGCUGGGCUCACAACCAAAAAUAUAAGAGAAUAUAGGCUGUGAAAGACACCUGAUCUGGACCUAUGGAGAAAUAAUGACUAAAAGAGUGAACUGCCAUCCUUAGUGUCAUGGAUGAAUUAACCUCAGCUGUGAGGCUCAAGAUUCAGUUUCUGGAAUAAGGAAGACCAUUAAGAAAAAUCAAACUUCUUGGAAUUGUGUCUCACAAAUUUCUGAAACACGUAGGCUUCAGGGCUUAGCUGAAUUGAGAUUAACCAUUCUGUAGCUAUCUGUAUGCAUUUUAUUCUUCUUGCCAUCUGGCUUUUGGGUUGAUAAUUGGUGGGCGACAACCCUACUGCCACUGUUAAAAAAAAAAUCAGAACCUUUUCCCCUUAACUGUUAAAUCCAAACAGUUUCUGUUUAAUGAAAGCAUUCUAUUUUUCAAAAAUAUGUUUUUAUUUGUUUGUUUGAUGGGUCCCAGAAAACACUAAUAAAAACCACAGAGGUCAUGCUGGA